CAUAUUUUUAACGGUGUUGAUCGUGUCCGGAGCUGCGCUCCAUGGAGUGGCUCAGAAUUCCUUACUACAGGCAAUCGAUCGGAGGGAACAACUGAAUAGAAAGAACGAUGGGAGGGGAAGAAUGGAGGAGGACGAGGAGGAGGAGGGAGAUCAUCAAAUUCGAUAAAUAAAAAACAAAGAAAAGGUCCUAGCGGAGAGGGAGAGGUAGGCUGCAGUCAAAUCCAUCCAAGGUAGUAGGCGGUGACGACGACGUUGGAGAAAGGAGAAGAUGCUUCCAACUUCUUCAUCAGCAGCGAAGGCCCGGUCGGGGCCUCAGGCCCGACCCAACUCUUUGUUACCGCAGUACCUUCGGAGAAUAGUCAAGUGGCAACAAAUGGAUAUUGAAUAUACAUUCUGGCAAAUGCUUCAUCUAUGCACUUCUCCUAAAGUUGUAUAUCAACACACCAAGUAUCACAAGCAAACAAAGAACCAAUGGGCACGUGAUGAUCCUGCAUUUCUUGUCAUAUGUAGUUUAUUGUUGCUGGUUUCUACGGUGGCUUAUUGUUCUGCGUAUGAUCACAGUGCAGGACAUGCGGCCUUUGUAGUUAUUUCAGUGUUGCUCUUUCAUUUCCUCAUAACAGGUGCAAUUUUGGCUACUUGUUGCUGGUUCUUUACAAACAAUUACCUCCGGGAAGAAGCUCCAAAUAGUCAUGUGGUGGAACAACGAGUGGAGUGGUUGUACGCCUUUGAUGUGCACUGCAACUCUUUCUUUCCUAUGUUUGUGCUGCUUUAUGUUAUCCAUUAUUUUUUAUCACCUCUGCUAGUGGCUCAUGGUUUUGUUCCCGUCUUGCUAUCGAAUUUGCUCUUCAUGGUGGGGUUCUCUUAUUAUCACUACCUAAAUUACUUAGGCUAUGAUGUAUUGCCAUUCUUGGAGAGAACGACUUUGUUCCUGUACCCAAUCGGUGCCGUCUUUGUUCUUUCCCCUAUAUUAAUUCUGAGUGGCUUCAACCCGUCGAGAUAUUUCAUGAACAUGUAUUUUAGUCAAGUGGUAUAGAUGCAAUUGACGCCACUGCAUGCUGGAUGUGAGGACCCAAGAAGAUCGAUGUUAGGGUCGAUUUUGUUAUUGCAUAGGAGUGGGGGGGUAACAGGGAGCCUAACUAUUGGGUGGGAGGGGGAGGGGGAGGGAGUUGAGGGUGGUGGUGUUAUAUUGGUCUUUGUUUAGUGAAGUUGCGAUUGAAAAAAGGUUUGGGUCAUUGGUGGUUAUUUGCUUGCUUGCUUGCUUACUGAGAGAGUGGAUAUGUAUAACGAGUUUCGGGCUCAUCAGUCAUUCACACACAUGAUGAAUUUGAUAUAAUAGUGUUUCCUUUUUGACGUUUUUUGUAGAAAUUGUGAACUAGUGUGUGUGUUCCUCCCUAUCAUUGAUACUAGAACAUUGGGAAUGGACCCUGAUUGAAAUUUAGCAUACUCAAUACUGAGAAAUUUCAA